CCCUAACGCUAAAAUUAAAAAUUUGACGAGUAAAAUAAUAAUAAUUAUAAUAAUAAAUCUCAAUUUACUUGAUUUUUUCCCUAUGAAAUUAGUUGAAAUACUCUAGAUUAAACAAUUAAAAAAGUUAAUCGACUGCUAGAAUGUCGUAUUUAGAUCAGAUAUGUUUUACUAAUGAAGUUAAUUGCUUGAAGUUCUUAUCCCACAGAAUGAGAGCAAAUAUGUGUACACACUGUAUGAAAAAUAUUACCAAACAUUGUAGAAAUUCUGUAACUGAAGAAGAUGUUAUAAAGUCUUUAGAGUACACACAGAAAGGAGAAAAAUAUCCCACUCUUAUACUUAAUUCUGAUGAAAAGUAUGGCAAACUUUUUCUUGGGGGUUUUAAGGCUGCCAUGAAUUUAGAAUUUCUUCAACAAGAGUCUGUUGCAAACGUUGUAAAUACUGCUGGUAUGGGACUUUAUAAAACAUUUGGAAAAAAGUAUGAGGAUAAAUGUCACUGGACUAUGGAAGUAUCAAAAGUUGAAUGCCUGCAACUUGAAUGGGAAGAUGCAAUAAGUUAUAAUAUAAGCAAUGAAGACAUAGAUAAAGUUAUUAAUUAUAUUCAUUCAUGUAGAUUAGAAAAGAAAAAUGUACUUGUUCACUGUGCUCAGGGUAAAUCUCGUUCUGCAACAGCUGUUAUUGCUUACAUCAUGGUUGUCUUGAACUUGUCUCUUGCUGAAAGUUUUGCUUUUGUCAAAGAAAAACGACUAAUGGUUGAACCAAAUGCUCAUUUUAUGUAUUUGCUGCAAAUGUUUGAAAACAGCGAGUUGAUAAAAAAGCUUCGAAAUCAUCUCCGAUCUCUAACUCUAUAAUUAUUAUCAUGUGACUCUUCACUUAGAUGCAAUCUGACUAGUAAUGAUUGUUAAGAAUGAAAGGAUAUUUACUAAUUUUAUCGCAGUUUUUGAAGUAAUUAAAGACCUCUAGAAAUUAAAGUUUCUAAUUUUGCACAGUAAAAACAAUUAUACUUAGAGUGUUUUACCAUAUCAACUGUACUUGGUAGGUGAGGCCUCGAUCGAAUUUAAAUAUCUACUUAAUGUUUAUUUCAUAUUUUUGGCCAUUGUUUUAUUGAUUUUUUUAGGAUUUAAAUUUUAAUAUUUUAUUUUGGUAUUCAUGCAUCAUUUAUACAGGAAGAAAAAAACUAAAUUGAAAGUCAAUUUAUUUGGAGUACCAUACUCAUUUUAGAUACGCAACACGAUUAUGUACAUUUGGUGCUUUUUAUUUAUAUUUUUUUACUUUAUUUUACUUGUAAAUAGAGAUUGGAAAUUAAAUUUUGUUCCAGGCACUUACUUACAUUGGAAUAACCCGUCUAGUUUUAAA